CAGGAGGACCCCAAAGGCCGUGGUGGGGCCGAGGAGGACCCCAAAAGCUCUGGUGGAACCCAAGAGGACCCCAAAGGCCGUGGUGGAACCCAAGAGGACCCCAAAAGCUCUGGUGGAACCCAAGAGGACCCCAAAGGCCAUGGUGGGACCCAAGAGAACCCCAAAGGCCGUGGUGGAACUCAAGAGGACCUCAAAGGCCGUGGUGGGACCCAAGAGGACCUGAAGACCCUCAAAGGCUCUGGAGGGACCCAAGAGGACCCCAAAGGCCGUGGUGGAACCCAAGAGGACCCCAAAGGCGUCGGUGGGGCUGAAGAGGACCCCAAAGGCGUCGGUGGGGCCGUGGGGGUGGGCGCUCGGUACCGCGUGCGGGUGCGGACGGGGUCGCAGUGGGGGUCGGGGACGUUGGCGUCCGUCACCCUCACCCUGAGGGGCACCCGAGGCCAAAGCCACCCCUGUCACCUGCGGUGGCCCCAACACCGCCUGCGGGCCGGCACCACGGUGGUGGCCGAGGUGACGUCCCCGCGGGCUCUGGGGACGCUGCAGCUGCUCCGGCUCUGGAAGGAGCCCCUGGUGUCCCUUGUCCCCGACCGGUGGCUCUGUGAGAAGGUCACCGUCACCGGACCUUACGGGGACAGCGAUGGGGACAGCGAUGGGGACACCCCGACGGCCACCUUCCCCUGUCACCGGUGGCUGGAGAGCGGUGGCCUCGACCUGCGGGAGGGGACAGCGCGCCCCCCCCGGGAGGUGUCUCUGGAGCCGCAGUUACUGCAGCAGCGCCUGAACGAGAGGAGAGAGCGGGAGGAGCUCUUCCAGUGGGAGCCCUACGCCCCGGGGUGGCCGUGGCGGCUGCGGGCGUUGCCCCCCACCCUCUGCCCGGGGCCCCCCCCAGUGCCACCAGUGCCACCAGUGCCCUCCCCAGUGCUCCCAGUACCGCCCUCGGCCUCACCACCAGUGCUCCCAGUGCUCCCAGUACCCCCCGAGCCGCUGUCUCCCAGUUUGGCCUUUCCCCUGGAGCACCAGGCUGGCAUCGGAGCCCGCGCUGCCGCCGCGCAGAUUCGCCUCCGGCUCCGCUGUUUCCGUUUUGGGGGUUCGUGGCGAAGCCUCGAUGACAUCUAUGAAGCUCUUGGGGACCCCGGGACCCCCAUUAGCGAGUAUGUGGUUCGUCACUGGGCUGAGGAUGAGUUUUUUGGGGCGCAGUACCUGUGUGGGGUGAACCCCGUGUUGCUGCGCCGCUGCCGCCGACUGCCCCCCAACUUCCCCGUCACCCCCCAAAUGGUGGCCCCCAGCCUGGGCCCCCACAGCUGCCUGAGCCGAGAGAUGGAGGGUGGACGCCUCUUCCUGGUGGACUACGAGCGCCUCUCGGGUCUCUCCACGGGGACCAUCGCGGGGGAACCCCAAUUCUUGGCGGCGCCUCUGUGUCUCCUUUGGCUCUGUCCCCAACAGCGCCUCCGCCCCAUCGCCAUCCAGCUGUCCCAGGUUCCGGGCGAGGACAGUCCCAUCUUUGUCCCCGAGGACCCCGGGUGGCCUCUGGCGAAGCUCUGGGUCCGCUCCGCAAACUUUGUCCUCCACGAGGUCCAAACGCACCUCCUGCAGAGCCACUUCUUGGCCGAGACCUUCGUCGUGGCCACUCACCGCCUGCCCGGAGGACAUCCCGUCUCCCAGUUGCUGCUCCCCCACUGCCGUUUCACGUUCCACAUCAACAUUUUGGCUCGAGAGUCCCUCCUCCGUCCCGGUGGGAUCAUCGAUCAGGCCACCGCGGUGGGACGCGAGGGGACGUUGGAGCUGGUGGCUCGCGGGACGUCGGCGUUGACCUACACGGAGCUGUGCGUCCCUGAGGACCUGAAGGACCGCGACGUCCUCGACGUCCCCAACUACCACUAUGGCGACGACGCUCUGGAGCUCUGGGCCACCAUCGAGAGCUUCGUGGCGGGGGUGGUGGCCCUCUACUACCUGGAGGACAAUGACGUGGCCGAAGAUGAGGAGCUUCAGCUCUGGGUUGGUGACAUCUUCACCUACGGCGUCCUCGGCAACGAGAAGACCGGUUUCCCCUCGAAGCUCCGCUCUCGUCCCGAGUUGGUGAAGUUCCUCACGAUGGUCAUCUUCUGCUGCUCCGCCCGUCACGCCGCCGUCAACAGUGGGCAGUACGACUACGCCGCGUGGAUGCCCAACACCCCGGGGACGCUGAGGAGACCUCCGCCGGCGUCCAAGGAAGAGGCCACCAUGGAGCUCUUCCUGGAGAGUCUCCCAACGCCCGAAGCCACCGCCGCUCUUCUGGCGCUGCUCAGCGUCGUCAGCUACGAGGGAGGAGAACCGCACCCGUUGGGGUCGCGUUCCCCGGAGCCCUUCACGGGAACGGCCGCGCGGCUCCUGGUGGAGGACUUCCGGCGCCGCUUGGCCGCCAUCUCCCAGCGCAUCCGCAGACGCAACGAAGGGCUGGAGCUGCCCUACCCCUACCUGGACCCGGCCUGCGUCCAGGAGAGCAUCGCCAUCUGACCACCACCCCCGGGACCCCACCCUCCAGGGGGACCUCGACCUCCUCAGAGCUCCUCAGACCUCCUCAGAGC